UUCCUUUGUCCUCUCACACAACAACAUCGACAUUACAAAUCCACACUCAAUAGCAAAGCCGACCUUCACAGUCUCGAGAGCACCAACUCACAAAACCAAAACACACCUCGAACACCACAAUGGCCGAAACACACACUUACGAAUUCAACGUCACAAUGACCUGCGGCGGCUGCUCCGGCGCCGUCGACCGCGUUCUCAAGAAGCUGGACGGUGUCGACUCCUACGAAGUCUCCCUCGACACGCAAACCGCCAAAGUCGUGACUUCGCUGCCGUACUCGACGGUGUUGGAGAAGAUCCAGAAGACGGGAAAGAAGGUCAACAGCGGGAAGGCCGAUGGAGUGGAGCAGAGCGUAUAGGGAUGGCGGAGGAGCUGUGAUACGAGCAUAUGGACAAUCGAGGCUGGAGGAGCCGAGACGGCCAAUCGGUCUGGGUUGAAGCAAGGUGCUUUGCAUGGCCACGUCAGUAUCCUUUGGCAGCGAAGCGAAUGUGGACAUUUCAACGAGAAAGGUUGUACUGCGGAUACCUGACGAAAGUAUGGUUGGAGUCGACGGAAAUAUCCAUUUCGCUCUC